CCGCUAAAGAGGUUUUUUUAUAUCGCCGACACACUUUGAGAGAUAUUUUUCUUUUUUGCCAACGUUGUUUAUCGCUCCGUUUCUUAUCGCUCUUUCUCUUUCUUGACUAGCAAGGAUCCCUACAACGGCAGAAACAUGGUUGCAGCGGUUGCAGUGAAAGAUUUUGUUGCAGUCCAUGGUCAUCCCGAAGAAAAGCAUCGCCAUGGUAACCAGCAAGGAGAUCAUUGGCUCAAAGCUUGCUCGCUACAAGGUAAAGGCCGAGGAUUUGUCGCCACGCAACGGGUGGCAGCCGGUACUCGGGUGCAUACAGCGGAACCAUUAGCAGCCGUUGUGUCUCAAGAAUGGGUCCCAGAGACUUGUGCAUGGUGCUUUCAUUUCACCUAUCCAAAACGUAUGCGGUUUAAAGCCGACAUCACCCUCCCGACGACGGCAGAUCCAGCAAACAACAGUACCAAGAGAAAGAAAAAGCAAAACGCGCUCAUGACUACUACGAUAAAGGAUGUCAUGUUUUGCUCAGAAUCAUGUCGCAAGCAGUUUCAUUUUCAUGGACACAGCGAGGAUGAAUCCAAUCUCUUGCUGCGUAGCUAUCACGCACUUGAACAAGAGUACAACAGUCGGCAAAAGCAGCAUCGUGAAUAUCCGGAAGAAUGCAAUGACAAAGACGAUGGGCACGACAUACAACUUUUUGACAGCGAACAAGUGGAUAUCACCGAUGAUGACCAGCUCAGCCAUUGGAUCAACCGGAUAUGGACCAGCAUCACUCGCUAUUCAUGUUUUGUACAAUCACAGCAACGAUGGAUACCUGAUAACGCAGAACGGACGAUGAUGCGACUGGUGGCUUGCUGUCUUGCUCGCAGACAAAGUGAAGCGGAGUAUCUCUUCUCCGAAAGGCAACAUCAAGCAGCAGUUCCAAAGUUUGACGAUCUCUUAAACGUGCAAUGCAACGAGCUCACUUACGUUCGCCGCAUCCUCGACGGCAUCAACAGCGAUGGCAUCAAAAGUAGUACUGACAGAGCCACAGAACGAAAACAACGCGAAUUACCGGACGAGCUGCUUCAUAUAAUCAAUAUGUACUCGUUUUUCGUUUCUGCUACCUCAAGCCUUUUCGAUUGUCCGCAUGCCGUGUUCCGUGCCAUUUAUUUUCGUGAAAUGUCAAAUAGCUUUGGUCUUUGGGAGAUGUCACAACAACAGCAAAAGGAGAAAUACAGUAAGAACAGCAGUGAUGUUGCGUUUAGCGAUGACGUCGAUGAUGCCAGUGAUGACAUUGGAAACGUGACGGACGAUUUGGAACUGUUGGGCUGGGGUAUUUACCCGUCUGCUGUGUACUUUAAUCAUUCCUGUAAGGCCAACGUAAAGAAGAUCCGUGAUGGCCGAAAUAUGGUAUUCAUCGCAAAGCAUGAUAUUGAGCAAGGCGAAGAAGCAUGUAUAUCUUAUGGCUGUAUUGAGGAUUCUGUGCAGGAAAGGAGAAAACGAUUGCUUGAGCAUUAUCACUUUAUAUGUGCAUGCACUCGCUGUGAAGAAGAAUCUACAGUUACCAACCCACAGUAAUAUAUCUUUUAAAAAAUACUUUAUCCCCUAUCAUCAUCAUCAUGCUUUAAACAAAUAUACCAUUACUGCUCCUAU